AUGAUGUCCAGCGUGCGCCGACACAGCCUCCGCCUUCAGAGCGAGCUCCACCGCUGGAGCAUCUGCGACCCGGGCAGCCACCUGCUCCCCGACGGUCUCCUCGCCCGCGUCCCCGCCUGCAUCUCCCGGUCCAAGUCGUGCGCCAGCUCCGCCGGGGAGUCGGAUGGCGGAGGAAGCGGUCGCACCAGCUGGUCCUCCUCGUCCGACUCUGUCAUCUCAGCCGACUCGCCCACUCCGUACCGGGUGGUGCUGCUCGGGGCCGGCGGGGUCGGUAAGAGCGCCUUCGCCUGCAUCUUCUCCGGCGCCGCGGACAGCAUGGACAGCGAAGACUGCGAGUUGUGUGGAGAUGAAGUGCGUGAGAGGGAGUUUGAUGUUGAUGGAGAGGCUGCGACAAUCAUUUUGUUGGACACGUGGGAUUCAGAGAGUGACAGCGAAUGGGCUCAGGAGCGUCACAUGCAGUCGGGUGACGCCUUCCUGCUGCUGUACUCCAUCACCGACCGGGCGUCUUUCCAACGGGCGUCGGAGUUGCGCAUCAACCUACGCCGCCUCCGUCCCGCCCAACACACACCUAUCAUCCUGGUAGGCAACAAGUGUGACCUGGUGCGACGCAGAGAGGUCUCCACCAAUGAGGGCCGUGCCUGCGCCGCAGUGUUCGACUGCAAGUUCAUCGAGACCUCCACCGCCAUGCAGCACAACGUUUGGGAGGCCUUCCGUGGCAUCGUGCGCCAGCUGCGUCUGCGCAGAGACUCCAAGGAAGGCAAACGCGGCGGGCGGGGUGUGGGUCGCCCCCGCCGGGAGAGCCUCCCCACCAAGGCCAAGCGUUUCCUCGAUAAGAUGGUGGCCAGGAACAAUCCCAGCGUUGCGUUCUGGCUCAAGUCCAAAUCCUGCCACGACUUGUCUGUUCUGUAA